ACGCUGUCCGCCAUCAUGGCGCUGGUCACCGCGCCGUCCCUCGUGCUCAACGCCACGGUGGUCAUAGUGACGCUGCGGCACAAGAAGCUGCGCCUGCCGCUCAACGUCGCGCUCGUCAACAUGGCGGUGGCCGACCUGGGCGCCGCCCUGACCGGGGGGGUCCUCGGCGUGGUGUACAACGCCUGGCCCGGACACCCCCCGCUGGGCAGGACGGCCUGCGUGGUGGAGGGCUUUGCGGUGUCCGUGUUCGGCAUCACGUCCCUGUGCACGGUGGCCCUGAUUGCCAUGGAGCGGAUGUUUGUGGUCUGCAAACCCCUGGGCCAGUUCAACUUCCAGAUGAAGCACGCCGCGGUCGGUGUGGCUCUGUCCUGGCUCUGGUCGCUGGGCUGGAACCUGCCCCCCCUCUUCGGCUGGGGCCGCUACGAGCUGGAGGGCGUGGGGACGUCCUGCGCCCCGGACUGGCACAGCCGGGACCCCAGCACCGUCUCCUACAUCCUGUGCUACCUGUGCCUGUGCUUCGCCAUGCCCUUUGUCCUCAUAAUGGCGUCCUAUGGGAAGCUGCUGUGGACGUUGCACCAGGUGUCCAAGAAGGUGUGUCUGGAGGGAGGGGCCUCAGCACGGGCGGAGGCGAAGGUGGCGCGCAUGGUGGUUCUCAUGGUGGUGUGCUUCCUCACGGGCUGGCUUCCUUACGCCGGCAUGGCCAUGGUCGUGGUGUAUAGCCCCGAUGUCCACAUCUCUCCGCUGGUGGCCACGCUGCCCGUGUACCUCGCCAAGAGCAGCACUCUUUUCAACCCCCUUGUAUACAUCUUCCUCAAUAAACAGUUCCGACAGUAUGCGGUGCCCUUCCUGCUGUGUGGGAGGCAACCCUGGGUUGAAGAGGAGGACGUAUCAGAGACACAGACCAUGGUGGAGUGAAGCAAUGAGAGGUAGCCCUACUGAUAUCCUGGUCCUUCAGGUCAAGUCAUCCAUCAUAUGUGCUGUGUGCAUUAAAAUGUUAAAU